UAAGAAUAGCAACCUAAGGACUACACAACUGAAGUAUGUAAAUUUAUCUCAAUUGUGUUAAAUGAUCCGAGCCCAGUGAAUGUCGUAAAGAAACUUAUUAUAAAUUUCUAUUCCGUAAAUCAAAUGUUAAACACGGAAGUUAAUGUAUUUUUGACUUAAGCCUAUAUAAUGCAAAUAAAACAUACGAACGGAAGAUUAUUCUAUAUAUUUUUAUAUAAAAAGAGAACUUUGCACAUUGACUAACCCUAUAGUAUAUGAAGGAAGUUAAAUCACCGUGAUCGUUAUAUUUUUGGAGGUUGUUUUGACUGUGAUAUCAUAAACACAAAUAAAGAUAUUUCUCAGGAAGAAUCAACACAAUAAAAUGGAGUUUAUUGUGUACUUACAACUUGCAACACUUUGUCUUUGUUUUCAAAUGACGUUUGCAAAAUCAAUGCAAGAGGUGAACUGCACUAUCGGACAUUUGGACAAUAAAUCCUAUGAAGAGUGUGGAAACAGGGGGUAUGCUAUGCGAUGCAAUAAGACGAAUUUAAAUCAAAUUCCAAAAGAUUAUCCCAAGCCAGACAAUAUGACAAAGUUUCCUCCGCCACUUUGCUUGUUGGAUCUCGGCUUCAACAUUUUCACUAAGAUAGAAAAUAAUUCCUUUGUGAAUGUGAAGAACCUGAACAGUACAGAUGUAUUAUGGCUGUAUUUAGAAUACAAUAAUGUUGCCUUUAUUGCUUCAGAUGCUUUUACAAAUCUCACCAAUUUGCUGUACCUCAACUUAACUGGUAAUAGGUUAUAUCAACCAGAAAGCUUUGGUGUCGGAGUGUUCAAACCUCUUAAAAGUUUGAAAAACAUAAACUUGAAGGAAAUCAACUUUUUUUCUUUUGACUGUGUCGGAAAUGAGCUUCAGCAUGUCAAAACUCUAGAGGGUUUAUAUAUAGAUUUAUGUUCAACUUGUGAGUUUGGAUACAAUUUUAGUAAGUUAACGUCUUUAAAAACUCUAAGUUUAACCGGAAGAUCUGAACGCGCAUGCAAUGCGCCGCACAUUAGAAAUGAAACUUUUAGAUAUGUUCCAUUUGUUGAAAAGUUAUUCAUGGCGUCGUGCUAUAUUGAAACAAUAGAUAAAGCAGCGUUCAGCUUCUUUGGUAAUCUAUCACUUUUGGAUAUCUCCUACAACGAGAAACUUACUUUCUCUGGUAUGAACAAUGCUUUGUACGGUUUACAGAACUCUACAACGUUGGAAGAAUUAAAUGUCAACAGAAUACAUAAGCUGUUUGAAAUUGGUAUAAAACUAAAACUGUCAGAUAUACAGUAUCUUAAAACACUUCGUGCCUUGGAGAAAUUGCAUAUGGAUUUAAACAAGAUAGAAGUUUUUGAUGAAAAAAUAUUUAAUCCGAGUUAUCAGUUACCAGCGACUCUCAGACAUUUAACAUUAUCUGGAAACCGGCUAACAGCUGGAAAAUUCGAAAAAUAUCUCCAUCGUGCAGUGGGAAUCAAAUAUCUGGACAUAUCAAGGCAACAUUUGAACUACGACCCAUUUUUCAACAAACACUACGAAGGACCUCGAUAUUUUAACAGUAUGAAUAUUUCUCAAUUAAUGAAUACGGACUUUACCAACCUACAGAUAAAUGCAGAUUGCCCAGGUAUAUGUGUCGUUUGUUUACCUAAAAGUAUAAGCAGUAUAAAAUGGCGGAAAAGUAUGAUUUACUUACACAUCGAUACUCCUUUUGCUAUUUGUGGGGCAGCAGGCUUAAAACGUCUAGACUUAUCCUUCAAUCUCAUCUCUCGUUGGACGGCAGUCAUUUUUGGUGUAGAGAACAUAAAACAUCUUGACCUAUCUGACAACAUUUGCGACGCUGUUACACCUGAGUUCUUUCUAAACUUCAAGUCUUUGAAACAUUUGAAUAUUUCUACGAACAAUUUAGGGCCUGUUUUCGAUCUCCAGUUAAACGAAAAUGCAAGCAAAAUAUUCCAGAACUUGAAGAAUUUGACGCGUUUGGACAUGUCUUAUAACAAAAUUUAUAACCUCCCACAAGAUUUAUUCUCGAACUUAUCGAAUCUGAUGUAUUUGAACUUGAGUGACAAUAAUAUUUGUGGCUGUAACAUUUCUUUAGAUAACAUUCGCUGCCUUCGUAGUUUGGAUUUGUCCAGCAAUAAAAUAUAUAGUCUCCCAGAGAGAUUGAGGUGGCAAUUAGACGCUAUAGCAGACGAAGACUGUAACAAAAAUGUAACAGUUAAAGUUAUGCUUUACUCAAACCCAAUCGAAUGUGAUUGUAAACAUUUGCCAUUUCUUAAAUGGAUGCUUAAAACAAAGGUCGCAAUUCUCUUUAAAGAAAAAGAUGUUUGUCGCCUGGACGGCGAAAGUUAUCCAUACCCGUCUUAUGAGCGUGUUGACGAGCUUGUGCAUAAACUUGAAAAUGAUAUUUGUCGCGAUAAAAGUUGGAUAACAUGGACAAUAAGUGCGUCUUGCAGUGUCUUUGUUGGUAUUCUAACAUUAAUUGCCGGUUUUCUUAUGUAUAGAAACCGAUGGAAGCUUCGGUAUAUAUACUACAGCCGGAACAGACGGCAUGUGCACGAGGGCUUCGAGCACCUGUUCGAGAACGAUGCAUUUGUAUCCUAUGCGAAGAACAAUGCAAGCUUUAUUAAGAACGAAAUGGUUCCGAAACUCGAGACUGAACAUAAUCUACACCUUUGGGUUGCAGACAGGAACGCAUUAGCAGGUGCAUCAGUAGCCGAGAAUAUCAGUCACGCCAUCUAUAACAGCAGAAAAUCAGUACUAUUGAUAAACAGAGAAUAUCUGUUAGAUUCGUGGUGUGACUAUGAAAUGAACAUGGCAAGACAGGAGUCGAUUGAGACAAAUAGACAACUGAUUGUAAUUGUUCUGAUGGAACAGAUACCAAUGAACUCUGUGCCUAUUGGCUUGAUGAAGUUUCUACACCAUGAACGGUCCCUGGAGUACCCAGUGGAUCAGCAGGACAGAAGCACGUUCUGGGCCAACCUUGCUUCCGAAAUCAAUGCUUACAUGUUUCUCAGGAAGAAUCAACACAAUAAAUUGGAGUUUACUGUGUACUUACAACUUGCAACACUGUGUCUUUGUUCGCAAAUGACGGUUUCAAAAUCAAUGCAAGAAGCGAACUGCACUAUCGGACACUUGGACAAUAAAUCCUAUGAAGAGUGUGGAAACAGGGGGUAUGCUAUGCGAUGCAAUAACACGAAUUUAAAUCAAAUUCCAAAUCAUUAUCCUAAGCCAGACAAUAUGACAAAGUUUCCUCCGCCACUUUGCUUGUUGGAUCUCGGGUUCAACAUUUUCACUAAGGUAGAAAAUAAUUCCUUUGUGAAUGUGAAGAAUCUGAACACUACAGAUGUAUUAUGGCUGUAUCUAGAAUACAGUAAUGUUUCCUUUAUUGCUUCAGAGGCUUUUACAAAUCUCACCAAUUUGCUGUACCUCAACUUAACUGGUAAUAAGUUAUAUCAACCAGAAAGCUUUGGUGUCGGAGUGUUCAAACCUCUUAAAAAUUUGAAAAACAUAAACUUGAAGGAAAACAACUUUUAUUCUUUUGACUGUGUCGGAAAUGAGCUUCAGCAUGUGACAACUCUAGAGGGUUUAUAUAUAGAUUUAUGUUCAACUUGUGAGUUUGGAUACAAUUUUAGCACGUUAACGUCUUUAAAAACUCUAAGUUUAAUCGGAAGAUCCAAACACGCAUGCAAUGCGCCGCACAUUGGAAAUGAAACUUUUAGAUAUGUUCCAUUUGUUGAAAAGUUAUUCAUGUCGUCGUGCUAUAUUGAAACAAUAGAUAAAGCAGCGUUCAGCUUCUUUGGUAAUCUAUCACUUUUGGAUAUCUCCUACAACGAGAAACUUACUUUCUCUGGUAUGAACAAUGCUUUGUACGGUUUACAGAACUCUACAACGUUGAAAGAAUUAAAUGUUAACAGAAUUCAUAAGCUGUUUGAAAUUGGUAUAAAACUAAAACUGUCUGAUAUACAGUAUCUUAAAACACUUCGUACCUUGGAGAAAUUGCAUAUGGAUUUAAACAAGAUAGAAGUUUUUGAUGAAAAAAUAUUUAAUCCGAGUUAUCAGUUACCAGCGACUCUCAGACAUUUAACAUUAUCUGGAAACCGGCUAACACAUGGAAAAUUUCAAAAAUAUAUCCAUCGUGCAGAGGGAAUCAAAUAUUUGGACUUAUCAAGGCAACAUUUAAACUACGACCCAUUUUUCAACAAACACUACGAAGGACCUCGAUAUUUUAACAGUAUGAAUAUUUCUCAAUUAAUGAAUACGGACUUUACCAACCUACAGAUAAAUGCAGAUUGCCCAGGUAUAUGUGUCGUUUGUUUACCUAAAAGUAUAAGCAGUAUAAAAUGGCGGAAAAGUAUGAUUUACUUACACAUCGAUACUCCUUUUGCUAUUUGUGGGGCAGCAGGCUUAAAACGUCUAGACUUAUCCUUCAAUCUCAUCUCUCGUUGGACGGCAGUCAUUUUUGGUGUAGAGAACAUAAAACAUCUUGACCUAUCUGACAACAUUUGCGACGCUGUUACACCUGAGUUCUUUCUAAACUUCAAGUCUUUGAAACAUUUAAAUAUUUCUACGAACAAUUUAGGGCCCGUUUUCGAUCUCCAGUUAAACGAAAAUGCAAGCAAAAUAUUCCAGAACUUGAAGAAUUUGACGCAUUUGGACAUGUCUUAUAACAAAAUUUAUAACCUCCCACAAGAUUUAUUCUCGAACUUAUCGAAUCUGAUGUAUUUGAACUUGAGUGACAAUAAUAUUUGUGGCUGUAACAUUUCUUUAGAUAACAUUCGCUGCCUUCGUAGUUUGGAUUUGUCCAGCAAUAAAAUAUAUAGUCUCCCAGAGAGAUUGAGGCUGCAAUUAGACGCUAUAGCAGACGAAGACUGUAACAAAAAUGUAACAGUUAAAAUUAUGCUUUACUCAAACCCGAUCGAAUGUGAUUGCAAACAUUUGCCAUUUCUAAAAUGGAUGCUUAAAACAAAGGUCGAAAUUCUCUUUAAAGAAAAAGAUGUGUGUCGCCUGGACGGUGAAAGUUAUCCAUACCCGUCUUAUAUAUAUGAGCGUGUUGACGAGCUUGUGCAUAAACUUGAAAAUGAUAUUUGUCGUGAUAAAAGUUGGAUAACAUGGACAAUAAGUGCGUCUUGCAGUGUCUUUGUUGGUAUUCUAACACUAAUUGCUGGUUGCCUUAUGUAUAGAAACCGAUGGAAGCUUCGGUAUAUAUACUACAGCCGGAACAGACGGCAUGUGCACGAGGGCUUCGAGCACCUGUUCGAGAACGAUGCAUUUGUAUCCUAUGCGAAGAACAAUGCAAGCUUUAUUAAGAACGAAAUGGUUCCGAAACUCGAGACUGAGCAUAAUCUACACCUUUGGGUUGCAGACAGGAACGCAUUAGCAGGUGCAUCAGUAGCCGAGAAUAUCAGUCACGCCAUCUAUAACAGCAGAAAAUCUGUACUAUUGAUAAACAGAGAAUAUCUGUUAGAUUCGUGGUGUGACUAUGAAAUGAACAUGGCAAGACAGGAGUCGAUUGAGACAAAUAGACAACUGAUUGUAAUUGUUCUGAUGGAACAGAUACCAAUGAACUCUGUGCCUAUUGGCUUGAUGAAGUUUCUACACAAUGAACGAUCCCUGGAGUACCCAGUGGAUCAGCAGGACAGGACAACGUUCUGGGCCAACCUUGCUACCGAAAUCAAUGCUUACUAGGACUGGUGCCCAUGUUAAGUGUUAUUUACAAUAUUUUAAAUACCGGAGCCUUCUACUCCUUGUAUAUAUGUACAUGUAAAUCGGUCAUUGGCCUUGUUAAUGUGUUUUGUUGUUGUUUUGUUUUCGCUUUCAUAAUUCAUACAAACAGUUUCAUAAAUAAAGUAAGAUUGAGUUCUGAAUGCUUUACGUGAACAAUCUGUUGAACAGUAUCUAAUAAUAUCUACUUGAAUGUUAUCAUAAUUACAAAAUGAUAGUGAUUGCCAAUUGAAAUAUCAUGGAAAUGAUAGUCACCGGAUUGGCAGGCCCUUAAACAAUUCUCCAUUCUCCAGUUACAUUAUAGUCUGCCGAGAAUCGGAGCCAGGAACCUCAAACGCUCUACCAUUGAGGUAGCGCUUCGAGUUCUACACCAGUAAAAGCACAAAUGAAACAUUAAACUAAUGUUACUGUUAAAUGUGUUUUCAAACUUAAACAUUCACACAUUAUUACAUCAUUUUCAUAUGUUAUUUAUGAUAUGGACUUUCAUCGUCAUUGUACAUGUGUUAUACAAGACGGGGACAAUUAUCUAUCAAGUAAACGGAUGUUCAUUUUUUUUAUCUUAAGCUCUUUAUGAUUCGUUUAAUUAUUCCAUUCUAUCAACAAUUGACAACAAAACCAUUCAGGAAGAUUAACUUCUUGUAAACCAAAUAAAUUUACAGAAUAUACAAAACAGCUCACUAGCGGAAGUAGAAGUCAUGCGUGACUGUGAAUAUUGCAGAAAACAUUUUUUUAUAGUUAAAAUCAAGGUGUUUUCAUAAAGUCUCGUUGAUCUAAAAUGUAUUAUUUUUCACAAGACACAUUGUAUCAUAUCAUUCAUAGUAUAAAAUCGGUUAUUUUCCCCUCGUUUGUUCAUGUUUUAACGGGACCAAAACCAUGUGUUAACAGAGUCACGUGCUCUUGUUAUAGCCCGCUUUUACCAAUGCGCAAUACAUUAUUCAGCGCCGGUAAAAAAAGUACGACAAUUUGCCAUAAUGAGUCAUGCGCUCCUGUUAUUAAAGUCUGCAGGCUCGACACCAACUGUUCCUCGGGAUUCUGCAGACGUUAUAACACGGAAAAACUUGCAUUUACCCUAUAAUACUGAGUGGUAAUAAAUUGUAAAUAUAUUAUAUAAUAUCAUAUCCAAUUCCGCAAAUGGUGAAAAAAUAUUUUGUGUUUUGACAUAUAAUACAACCAUUUAUGACGA